ACUAGGUUAUUCCAUGGAUGGGUAAUAUUGAGCAUUCUAUUAAGUUCAUACCAGCUCUCAAGAUAUAAGGCCAACUCAUUUCGAACCAGAAGGCCCUAAGAGAGCGUGUUUCUAGUUACUUUAAAAACCUUUUCUCUGAGAAUAACUGUACUUCUCAGGAUCUUGAUCUUGUCAGCUUAUGUAUUACUAAUGAUCACUUAGGAUAUGAACAUCUUGCUUACUAAAAUUCCUGACUUAUUGGAAAUCAGGAAUGUUGUCUUCACCUUAACCUGGAUGGAGCCCCAGGGCGGAUGUCUUUGGUGCCUCCUUCUCCAUCAUUAUUUGGAAGUGAUCAAGUUUGAUAUCUAUGCUGUUGUGACUCAGUUAUUUCACUUUUCUUGGAUUCUCCCAAAUUACAACUCAAAUCUUCUUAUAUUGCUUCCUAAGACUACUAAUUCUCACUCUAUUGAUCUUUUCAGCCCAAUUGUUCUUGCAAACUUCAAAUUCAAGAUUAUUUUUAAAGUUAUUACAGACAUACUUGUUGGCAUUAUUCCCCUCAUUAUUUCUAAUGAGCAAAAAGGCUUUGUCAAGGGCAUAAACAUUAGAGAUUGCAUUAGUUUAGCUUCUGAAGCCAUAAACUUCCUUCACAAGAAAUCUAAUGGUGGCAAUAUUGCUUUGAAGGUUCAACAAAUGGAUUUGGAAUAUUCUUGAAUCAUCCAAAAUCUCCAUCUCUUUCAAUGGCAACAUCACUGGCUUUUUCAAGUGUGAGAAGGGUGUGAUGCAGGGUGAUCCUCUUUCUCCCCUCAUCUUUUGCAUUGCGGAGGAGGUCCUUACCAUAAGCAUCAAGUUUCUCAUGGAGUAGGGUAAAGUCAAGUCCAUUUCCUGGCCCUAGAGGAUUGGUGGUGCCCUCUCAUUGCUUAUAUGCAAAUGAUAUGAUGAUUUUUUUUUUUGCAUAGAACACAAGAGAUCCAUCAAAGCCCUUAUCAACCUUUUCCAAAGAUACUAUAGGGCCUCUGGCCAAUUUAUCAACCCUUCUAAGUAUCAAAUCUUCACUGGUUCUAUGAGUGAAUCUUGGCUUCACCACAUCUCUUUGAUGUUUGGCUUCAAAUUUUGGAGCCUCCCUUUCUCUUACCCGAGUGUUCCAAUUUUAAAAGGAGGCCCUAAAGCUAUUUAUUUCAGUCUAUUGGUGGACAAAAUCAAAAUGAAGUUGGAAAAUUAGAAGUCUUCCCUUAUGUCUUUUGCUGGUAGAGUGUAGUUGGUUAAGUCCAUCAUUCAUGCUAUGUUGGUUCAUAGUUUCUCUGUUUAUAGAUGGCAUGUUUCUCUUAUCAAAGAGCUGGAAAAAAGUUGCAUAUACUUUAUUUGGUCAGGUAACACUAUGAAUAAGAAGCUUGUUACAGUGGCUUGAGACACUGUUUAUUUUCCUUUCUCUCAUGGGGUUAGGGCAUCAAAUCCAUUUUGAGUUUCAACAGUGCUUUAAACUAUAAGCUUUGCUGGGACAUUAUUAGUUCCAAAGAGCCUUGGGCUAUGCUUUUAAAUUCUAGAAUUAUAAACAAAGGUAAGAUUAUUCCUUAUCACAUCAACUCAUCUAUUUCGUGCAACAUUGAAAAAGACUACAAUGAUUUAUAUCAAGACUCCAAAAUCAUCAUUGGUAAUGGGAUGGACACUAAUUUUUGGUUGGACAACUAGCUUGGGGACCCGCUGAUCAACAUGGUGCAUCACCCUCAUCUUGUGGACACCAAUAUGCUUUUUGCUAGUUGUAUUAAUCAAAAUGCCUAUCGUUUUCCCAAACAUAUCUCUGAUUU